AUGUCACCCACGCGACUGGCCAAUGGGGCUGGCACAUCUGUGACAUCACAGACCAGGGCCCGCUUGGCCCCAGGGACUCCGCCACCAUUUGUAUUCACCAUGCACAGCCUGCUGUGGGUGUUGUGGCUCUGCCAGGGAAGCUCUGCUGUACGCCGUGCUGCGGUGGAAGAGCAGAAGGAAGCCGUCUCCCCACAACCGGCUUGGGACAGCUUGGCAUUCGGCUCCAUCGUGGUUCUGGUGCUGGCCCUGGGGGUGAAAUGGCUGCACACGAAGCCCAAGGCAGAAGCAGCAGGGGUAAGAAAGGAAAGGGGGGUGGAGGGGGGUUCCAGGAGACAAACAGAAGGAGAUUAGAAGAGCCAAAGGGGGCCCAUCCUGCCCUCACAGUGACCAGCUUUCCAAAGAGAAACCCACAAGCAGGACCUGAGCACAAAGGCAACUCUCCAGUCAUCGUUCCCCAUCAGCUGGUAUUCAGAGGUAGACUGUCCCUGAGCGUGGAGGUUCUGUUAUCACAAAUACAGUGGUCCCUCGGGUUACAUACGCUUCAGGUUACAGACUUCACUAACCCAGAAAUAGUACCUCAGGUUAAGAACUUUGCUUCAGGAUGAGAACAGAAAUUGUGCUCUGGUGGUGCGGCGGCAGCAGGAGGCCCCAUUAGCUAAAGUGGUGCUUCAGGUUAAGAACAGUUUCAGGUUCGGACCUCCAGAACGAAUUAAGUACUUAACCCGAGGUACCACUAGACUUCUGCAAGGAGAGGCCUGUAGCUGGGUCAGAUCAUAGGGGGCCUGUCUAAUCCAGUGUCCUGGGAUGCCGCCAGCAAGCAGGACCUGGGUGCAACAGCAAUGCUCUCUUCCCCACUCGGGAUUCUGAGCAACUGUUAUUCAGAGGCAUACUGGAAGAGAUUGGCCACUUGGGAAGGUAGCUCAUCUAGGAGAAGGAAAACUCAAGUCCUAAAUCUCUGCUGGGAGAAGAACAGGCUAAGGCCUCGGCCCAGUAUACCUGAAGGAGCGUCUCCACUCCCAUCGUUCAGCCUGGACGCUGAGGUCCAGCUCCGAGGGCCUUCACUGCGAGAAGCGAAGUUACAGGGAAACAGGCAGAGGGCCUUCUCAGUAGUGGCACCCGCCCUGUGGAACGCCCUCCCAUCAGAUGUCAAAGAAAUAAACAACUUUCUGACAUUUCAAAGACAUCUGAAGGCAGCCCUGUUUAGGGAAGUUUUUAAUGACGGAUGUUGUAAUGUAUUUUUAAUCUUUUGUUGGAAGCUGCCCAGAGUGGCUGAGGAUACCCAACCAGAUGGGUGGGGUAUAAAUAACAAAUUUAUUAUUAUUAUUAUUAGCAAACCCUACACAAAUCUGGAGUGGAGUCCCUAAGACAGUUGGAUGGUGCCUUGGACUCCUCCUUCGAUAAAAAGCAUUGCUCUGGUUUCCUUUCGACCCAAUCAGCAAUUUGGCAACCAUUGCUCUGGCUGCUAGGGGCACCCUUGGCCUGUUUUAUCUCAAGCAUCUUCCUGUAAUGUUCACAGCCCCUCCUGCUGCCUGACCAACAUCCUCCUCCUCCUCCUCCGCAGGAAGAAGCCCAGCUGGCCCACGAACAAGAUCUGGAGCGGCACCUCUUGCACGCCUUCUUCCAGAUGGAGCUGGAGCUUGUGAAGCUGGUGACGCUUGUGCGGAACCACAAGGCCGCCCUCACCCUGCGCCACCGUGGCUGCCGGGCACCCGAGUGCCAGCUGGCCAGGGAAAGCGCCAAGGCCUUCAACUUGGUGGUGUUUGACAUCGAAGAGGAGGACUGA